GUAGCAGUCUGAUCAUUAGGUGAUGAGUUUUGUGACAGUCCAGUCUGUGAACAUCAUGACAGACAUCAUGUUACUGAGUCUCCUCUUAAUUCCAAGCACUUUGGCUGGUUGUCUUGAUCUUACACACUUAUUCAUCACUGCACCAACAGAGAUGGAAGCUCUGAGUGGAUCUUGUUUAAAAAUCCCAUGUAACUUUAGUGGAAAUGGAACAGACCAGUUUAACACCACAACACCUGUCUUUGGAGUGUGGAUUAAAACGAACUCCAAUAUUUUUACAUAUCCAAACAAUGAGAUCUUCAACAGCAGUGGGACGGUUAACAUCUAUCCAAUGAACAUUACAGGAGACCUGACACAGAAAAACUGCACCACUCUGUUUUCCAAUUUAACCACAAAUUAUACAAACACAUACUACUUCAGAAUUAUGAACUGGCCGUUCAGAGCAACAGCUGUUUGUGAUCCUCUUCAAAUAAAAAUUAAAGAUUCUCCUUGGAGGCCCAAUAUUACAAUCCCAGGUGAUCUGAAGGAGAAGGAGUCUGUCACUAUAACCUGCUCAGCUCUCACUCCCUGUCCACACUCCCCUCCUCAACUCACCUGGAAUCUCACACAAGACUUUAACAACAAAAUAGAGGAAAACACAGAUGGAAGCUUUACAACUAAAAUCCAGCAGACCAUCACUCUGUCAGACACACAUGAUGGAAAGAAGAUCAGCUGCUCUGCCAGAUAUCCUGUGAACCAAGGAAAAGACACCAAGACAGCAGAGACAGAAGAGACUCUCAGUGUUUCAUAUGCUCCUAAAGACACCUCAGCAUCCAUCAGCCCACCAGGUUUGGUGUCAGCAGGCAGCUGGGUUAACCUGACCUGCUCCAGCAGAGCCAAACCUCCAGUCAGCAACUUCACCUGGUUCAAGAAGAGCAGAGAUGGAGCUGUGAAAGUAUCUGAAGGAGAGAUUUACAGCUUCAAUGUAACAGAUGGAGGAGUUUAUUACUGUGUGGCCACUAAUGAUCUGGGUAAUCAGACAUCAGCAGAGAUUCACGUGAUUGUUGCAGAAAAAGAUGAACAGUCAGGAAAACUGUUUGGUGUCUGCAUUGUAGUGAAGACUGUGGGAAUCAUACUACUUGUAACCACACUGGUCAUAUUUGAGUGCUGGUUUAGAUCAAGACAGUUCAACAAACCAGAGACAGAAAACAUCUACGUGAAUAAAGCUGCAUCAUAGUCCAAAAAGUGUCUGCAGCAGGAGGACAAAAAUCUUGGACAUCAGCAGUGUUAACAUCUGCAUGCUGACAGAAACAUCUGUAUAGUACUCAAAGUAAUGUUAACAUUUGUGAAAUCUACUGUUUAGGUUAACUAACAUCUUUGCAUGCUGUUGCUGCACAACAAUGACGCUGUGCUUAUUGUGGUGUUACUGUGUAUAUGAUAUGAUAUGAUGAAUGAUAAAGUGUUUGUUUGUGGCUGAUUUACUUCACUGAUGAAGAACUGAUACAUUAAAAACAGAACCUUACUGAGGAAAUUCUGC